GCGACGUGUCGUGAGACGAGCGACUGCGUGACGGUCCUACUGGCCUAGAAUCUUCUUAGACGACCUUUUAUCAUUGAGGGACAGCUAUUGACAAUCAUAUGGCCCAGGAGGCUUUCGCGACCUGUGACCGACUGUAGACGAAGGCCGGCUACGAUGUCGAAGGGUUUGAUUCCACUGUUACUACCAAGAUGACGGCACAGCUCCUCGCCACAGAGCUCACCAACCUCAUUCAGGAGAGCAAAAGGAAGCACAAUGACCUCAGACAAGCAGCAGAAAGGUCACUGGAGGAGCUGAAGAGCUUGAACAUUUCCUCCGAGGCUCAACUUGGCCCAGAGUUGACACAGAAAACCAACUUCGCCAACCCUUUUAUUAUUGCUUGCGGUACCAAAAAUGCAAAGUUUACGGGUAUUGCCAUCGUCUGUCUCCAGAGACUCAUUGUCUCCAAGGCUUUGCCGAGACCGAGGUUGAACCAGGUACUGGAGGCAUUGCAAGGGGCCACUUCGGCUGGACUAGAUGUUCAACUCAAGAUCCUUCAAGCACUACCAUCCCUGCUGCAGAAUUACUCCAGUGACAUUCGAGGCGAGCUCUUGGUCACGGCCUUGAACAUUUGCUUCAUUCUGCAGUCCAGCAAGAAUGCCAUCGUAAACAACACAUCUGCAGCGACCCUUCAGCAGCUCGUCGUUACCGUUUUUGACAAGGUCGUCACAGAAGAUAGAGAAACGCCUGAUGGCCCAACAGUGGGUGAGGCGCCCACCGAGGGCGGCGUCGUAUCGCUUAAACCAGCUGCGAUGGAUGCGUAUCGAGUAUUCAACGAUCUCUGCCUUUUGACCGAGUCUCAGAGGCCCGAGUACCUCCGGUUUACCGGUCUCCCACAAACCUUUGGCCUGGAGCUUAUCGAGUCUGUCUUGACAAACCAUGCCAGCACCAUCACGAGCCACCCGGAACAGGCCCAUAUUCUACAGACCCGUGUGAUGCCAUUUAUCGUCCAGUCUCUUGGGGCGAAACUGAAUUUUCCUACCACUGUCAGGUUUCUCAGGAUACUCUACACAAUCUUGCGAAGACAUCUCACCCUGUUACCAUCCGAGUGCGGCGAAGCUCUUGAAAUUCUUACGCGACUCCUAGACCAGGAAACGCUCACAUGGAAGCGGUCCUUGUGUAUGGAGGUUUUCAGGGGCAUCUUCUCUGAUGCUGGUCUGCUGCGGAAGGUGUAUUCGCUCUUUGACGCACGUGAAGGCCAGCAGAAAGUACUGAAGAAUCUCGUGGCUACCUUUGUUCGUGUCAGUACUGAGAAGCCCAACAUCAUAGGUCUGGGUCAGCAGUCUACCAUCCCUGUGGCAAAUCCAUACUCUAGUAUUGGAGCGACAACCGACCAGGCCAUGUUGGACGCUGCUGGCGUAGGUGGAAUCAUCAGUGGGCCAGUCGGCUCCGAGGGAUAUAACACUGGCAUCAGUACACAAUGGAGCUCAGUCAGGGUUCCAUGCAUCGACCAGCUGGAUAAAACCGAGCCGCCUUCUAUACCCGAAUCAUACAUCUACAGCCUCACUUUGGCAUGCAUCACAUCAUUAUCCGAAGGGCUGGCCAAGUUCAUCCUCCCACUGACCAUUGCUGACCGGGGCAAGAGACGGGGACCCAAAGCGGACAUUGGAGCAGGCAGUGGUAGAAACUCUCCAGCACCACCGGCGGAAGAUAUGGGCACUCUGGGCAAGGGGACUCUUGAAAGAACAUCGUCUUACAAGAGGAAUCCUGUGCCAGUGAAUCCUCUUCUGCUUGAGGAACAUCCUCUCCACACUGACAUCAAAAUCUGCGCAAACAUUGUGGAUGAAUGUUGGCCAGCCAUCUUGGCUACAUGCUCCACUUUUCUUACAUCGGCCCUCGACUCCGAGUACUAUCACGGUCUUGUGCGAGCAUUUCAAAAGUUUGCACACGUGGCCGGCCUCUUACAGUUGACCACUCCCAGGGAUGCGUUUUUGACGACCCUUGGAAAGGCUGCAGUACCGCCCAAUGUUUUGACCGCUUGCUUGAAUGGUACAGGUGCUCGGCCACAAACGCCUACCGGCGCGGAUCCAGCAAAUAGCCUUCUGGGUAAUGCACGAGGCAUUCUUAGUGCCGACAAUCUCCAAGCCUCGGACAGACCCAGACAGGGGUCAGUAGUAGAUGUUGGACCGGCCACACUGAACACGAGAAACAUGCUAUGUCUACGAGCUUUGCUGAAUCUUGGUAUUGCUCUGGGGCCCACCCUUGAAGAAUCAUGGCGAAUACUCUUAGAGACUCUACAACAGGCAGACUUUGUACUCUUUGCAUCGAGCAAAGUGGCGGGCAGAGUGCCAACUGCCACGAGGACACCCGAUCAGCAAGCUGAUAGCGAAGCACAGGCUCUGCUUGGAAAUUUUAACUCGGAAGUCAAAGCCGUGGAAACAGCUGCAUCGCGGCUGUUUGAGAGCACGGUGGAUUUUUCCAACACGUCUUUCGUCGAGGUUGUUGAGGCAGUCUGCAAUUUGCUCGACAAGCCAAACGAGCCUGCCUCACCUGCAGUAACACGCCCAGAGUCUCCAGCUUCUAGCAGCGGAAAUGACACUCUCAGGACACCUGGACAGCGCCACAGGCGGACCAUGAGCUCGAUGAGCAUGUCAGCAGCACCGUCAGCGGCAGCCACUCAACAAGAUCAGUUCGCAUUGGCAAAGCUUGGAGAUCUAGCUUCUAUCAACCUCGAGAGGCUAUUGACAUAUCCUCCCGCCGAAUCAGGCUGGACACCACUGGUAUCGGAGCUAAUUGGGACGCUGAGCUCUGCGACUGUCAAUGCCCCUGUUAGGUCGCGUGCUGCAGACAUUCUUGUUCGCUUUGUGCUCGAGUGUGUAUCUGCUGUGGCCGGGACACCAGAUGAGUUCAGGGGAGCAAUCCAGCUUCGCCUGUUUGAAGCAUUGCGUGACUCGCUGUUGCCGCUGCAAAUGCCUAACAGAGACAUAUCCGUUGCUACACACUCAACAGACGUGGAAAUCCACAAGAUUAUCCUGGAGGGCCUAAAGAGCAUCCUUGAAAGCUGCGGAGAGAGUCUCUUGAGCGGUUGGGACUUGACAUUCGAAAUAAUUGACAGUAUAUUCUUGCGUCGCCGGUUUUCGCCGGCCCAAGGCGAAGACGAGAGCAACACGCCCCCUGAAGCCUUGAUGACAAGGUCCAUCAAGCUCAUCAAGCCCUCGUUUGACUCUCUGCAACUUAUAUGCUCAGACUUUUUGGCAUCUUUGCCAAAUUCGUGCUUUUUGCUUCUAGUCGACACGCUCUUUAAAUUUUGCUCCCAGGAUGAUGAUCUGAACGUUGCUUUAACGACUGUCACAUUCUUUUGGGCCAUAUCGGAUUUCCUUUCUAGCAAAAGCCGAUCACUUUCAAUCACAGAAGAUAUGAUGGAGGGGACGGGCGAUUCUGCAUUGGUCGGCCUGGCUUCGGACCCGAAACAUCCUGCAGCCGAUGCGGCUCUUUGGAUGCUGCUUCUGCUCAGGUUAACAAAUGUUACCACAGAUCAACGACUUGAGCUACGAAACAGUGCUAUCCAAACACUUCUGCGCAUCAUACACGCUUAUGGAAGUAGCCUCAGCCCGGAAGCAUGGUCUAUAUGUAUCAAAUCGGUCAUUUUUAGGCUGUUGACCUUUAUCCAGACACGACUGGGCUCAGCCCAUAGAGAUUCCAAAACCCUGACGAGCAGCGACUGGGACGAGACUGCCGUCGUCGUGAUCAAUGGCGUGUCAGAUCUGCUAUCAAACUACCUGGAAGUCCUUGUCGGCCACACUGGUUUCAAGAGCAUAUGGAGCGACCUGCUUCAGCAUUUCGCCAACAUGCUCGACUUUAACGUCUUGGAGAUCAACAGUGCCGCAUUCAACAGUCUUGGAAGGAUACUGUCCAAGGUUGCGGGCGGCACUAGCAAGAAAUUUGACAAGGAAGCUGUCGAUCUUGCUUGGGAUCUCUGGUCUCGCAGUCUUCCAGUGCCGCCUCCUGAGCAGAUGGCUGGAGACAACCAGAAAUGCCUUGUUUCAUGGGUGGAGGCGCUUUUGGAGCUGUAUCGUCUUAUCCACGAGACCUUGCACGUCGAACGUGUGCGACGCCUUCUGACUCUGGUGCGCGAGGCGAUGAUCCAAGCCACCCCCGGGUCGUACGCCAGUGAUAUUGAAUACCUGACGCCGCUGCAAGGUAAAAUACUCGAGGUCUUGCGGACGGUACGAACUGAUAUCAGUGGCGGCGCUCCCUCGGCCAUGAUUUCCCAGGCGGCCGAAUUUGUGGCCUUUGCCUUCGAUCCCAGCAGAACCAUCAACACACCAACGCAAAAGCGCACCUACGUCGCCAUGUCCAAGGAGAGCAUGCGCAUCUUGCAUUUCCAUGUCACCAGCAACGCUUCUGAUUCUGACAUGUUUGCGAGUGGUGCCUUCCACGCUGCUCUCGAAGCUCUCGCGCGUCCGAUUGUGAUCAAGUAUAGCUUUGGGGUAGUAACCAAAUCUAUCCAGCCGUGGCGCGAGGCGACCGAGGCUACCCUCGCUAUUCUCGACACGACAUUGCCACACCUGAAAGCCGCAUCGGCUGAGGAUGUCCCCCGGGACAAGGCGCAGGCCAUCUGGCAUGUCAUUGUCGAGAUUGCUAAUGGCAUAAUCAGCGCGAACUGCGAUUCCGCGCCGAGCAGUGCAGACUUGGAAGCGGAUGAGGUGUUUGACGUGGAUUCGUUCCAGCGGCUGCGUGAGCUUAUCGUCCCUGCCUUGGGAGGGCAAGAUGUGGCCGAAAAGACAAGAAAGGCUUUUGCUGAAGGGCUGUUCCGGACAUCCAUCAUGCAUGAGCUGACACCUGCAGAGAGCCAGGUUAUGCAGCCCAGCGGAUGCGACGUGCAGCGCGGGUUGGGUAUGGUUUUAAAAGCCAGGGACGGUCGGACGAUUGAUCCGGUGCGAACUAGACGUGCCAAAAUGGCAGGUGUCUGUCUGGAAGAGCUGUUUGCGCUUGUUGAGGCCAAGGAUGACGAGGUGGAUAUGCCAUCCAUUGUAGUUCAGCCACCGACGCCUCGCUUUCCCAAGUCGACACAGCGUACCAUGGACAGCAAAGGCAGCGACAGACUGGGAGAAGGGAUGCAGACUGCGAACAGAAACAAGGAUAUAGCAGGCCAGCAUGUACAGCUUGCCCGCACGACAGCCCCAUACCUUAUCCUCAGAUGCGCGCUCACCUUGAGAGCAUACAUUGCGGAUCAGCCACUGCGUGGGCGCAUGCCGCAACCCCUCGGAGAGCGAGCGGAGCUGACACGGGUGCUAAAAGGCCUUGUGGAGCUGCAGUCCGAGAGUGACGCGAUACCGGACCUGGAGGGUGUCGACAGUGAUACGAGGAAGCACCUACUCAGGCUGUAUCCCCUGCUCGUCGGGGCUGCAAGGGUUGCGGGGCGCAUUGGGGACGGCAAGGUCUUGGGUCUCGUGGGAGAGGCUCUGGGGGUUGUUGGUGGAGAGUUUGGGUUGUAAACAGGUAUCAAUAUACUGGGUAAUUUUCACGGCAUCAGUGUAAUGCGCAGUUGGCAAAUUUUAUUCAUGCACUGCUUUAAAGCAGGCGGCAG